GAUGCGCCAUCUAUCGAGGUUACGUGGAAACGAUGUUUGCCAAUUUUGCUGCAAUAUUUUCUCUGACUUUAGCGAAGACUUUACAAUCUCAUUUAGUUUAUUUAAAAAUUAUUGUGGAUAAUAUUAUUAAUAUAUUCGCGGAGAAUAUAAUUUACAGAUACUUCGUCUGCGUGUUCCGGUUGCGUAAAAAUUCCUUUGUGAUGUUUCAUAUUCGACAAGUGAAGAGAAAUCGAGGUACAAGAAUCCGAUUACUUUUUACAUUUGAAACUGCGGUGAACGAUGGCCGAUUGAAAAAAGCAUCGCCGAUCGAGAAAGCCAAGAAUCAACGACGGUGAAGCGUAUUCCACGCGUGGUUCCUUUCUUAUUCGUUUACGAUCCUGACACAAGUGCAUCUAUUUGGAACGAUCGAGGCGCGCGCGCGCGCCAGAUCGAAAGUGUUCUUCGAGAGGUGAUCUUUUUCUUUUUUUUUCUUGCGGU